ACUCCGUUUCUUUUGUACUAAUAACACAGCAGAAUAUGAAGCUUGCAUCAUGGGGUUAAAUAUGGCAAUAAAUCUGGAUGUGCACAAGCUAAUGGUGCUGGGAGAUUCCGAAUUACUCAUUCGACAAAUUCAAGGUGAAUGGGAAACGAGAGAUAUCAAGCUCAUUCCAUACAAACAGUUCGUAGAGGACCUUAGCAAAAGGUUUAAGUCUAUCGAGUUUAGACAUAUUCCCAGAUCCCAUAAUGAGCUGGCUGAUGCCCUGGCUACCCUAGCUUUCAUGCUCCCGUACCCAGGAAAUACGCAUCUCGACCCAUUAGAGAUACAGAUACGAGAUCAACAUGGUUACUGCAAUAUAAUUGACGCAGAACCAGAUAAUGAACCUUGGUACUAUGAUAUCAAACGCUUCCUAAAGUCAAAAGAAUAUCCAAUACACGCCAAAGCAGAUAAAAAAAGAACCAUUAGGAGACUUGCUAAUGGUUUCUUCUUAAGUGGGGAGAUCCUGUACAAACGAACCCCAGACUUGAACUUGUUGAGAUGUGUUAAUAUUCAGGAAGCUGAAAGAAUCAUGAAUGAGGUGCAUUCGGGGGUGUGCGGUUCGCAUAUGAAUGGCUAUGUUUUGGCAAAGAAAAUCAUGCGGGCAGGAUAUUAUUGGUUAACUAUGGAGCGAGAUUGCUUUCGCUUUGUUUGCAAGUGUCAUCAGUGUCAAAUUCAUGGUAAUUUGAUUCACUCGCCACCUUCAGAGCUGCAUCCUAUGUCUUCUUCUUGGCCAUUCGUUGCUUGGGGCAUGGAUGUAAUCGGUCCAAUAGAACCAAAAGUUUCUGCAAAGCACAGGUCUAUUCAAGAACAGAAUUUCAUCUCCAGUCAAAAUAUAGAAGAAUGGUCAGUUUGA